GGGCAGGGAGAGGGCGGACGAAAUCGGCAGCGAUCUCGGCUGCGGCGCUGCCGCAGCUGCCCGGCCCGCGGGGCGCGCCCUGACCCUUCCUCUUUGGGCAGGCUCGAGGGCGCGCGCACGGUCGGCGUUCCGGGGCCUCAAACUCCUGGGCCUCAAACUCCUGGGCCUUGACCGGGCAGGCCGCGUCUCCCCGGGUGUGAGUCCACCGGGACCCGGCCGCCGCCUAAGCGCGGGCGCCACAGAAGCGGCGGCGCCCGAAGACGCGCUCUUGGCUCGGCCCGACAGCCUCGCUUGGCCGCCAGUUCUUCUGCAGCCGAAGGCGGUUGUUCUUUUAAAGAAUUAUUGAAGACGAAGGUUUUUUUCUUUUUAUUUUUUUAAUGGCUUUACAGAAUCUUAAAUAGAAUACAGUUUGACAUGACGGCAAAAAAUGUUGGUUUGACUUCCACAAAUGCAGAAGUAAGAGGAUUUAUAGAUCAGAAUCUCAGUCCAACAAAAGAUUUAUACUCUAUGAGAAACCAAACCAUUCAAGUUUGUUACCUGGAAAUUGGUUGGGAGUGUCUGAAGGAAAAAACAAACAAAAACUUUCCUAAUUCAUCUGCCAUUUAGAGCUUAUUCUUUUGUGGAACUGUUAAUCAUGAAUGAAACAAAACCAUGGGGAACUGACAUAUGAAGAGGCAGAUCAGUGGAGCAGAAUAGAAAAUCAAUAAAUUGACCCAAAUAAGUAAACUCAAGGUUGCAUUUCAUAUCAGCAUGGAGUGGAUUAUUCAUUAAAAGUGGCUAACUCAGGGGGAAAACCUUGGAUCUGUCACUUCUUAUAUCAGAUAAAUUCCAGGCAACAUUUCAUUUGUUGCAUUUCCAGUUUCCAAUACCAACUCACCUACCAAGAUUUUACCAAAAACCUUAGGACCAAUAAAUGUGAAUGUUGGACCCCAAAUGGAUGCAACCAGAAGGCAUCAUCUUUGAAGCAGAGAAUAAACCCUCACCAGGCACUGAAUCUGCCGGCACUUUCAUUUUGGACCUCUCAGCAACCUCCAGAACAAUUAUAAGCACACCACAGAGACUAACCAGUUCAGGAAGUGUUCUGAUUGGGAGUCCAUAUACCCCUGCACCAGCAAUGGUUACUCAGACACACAUAGCAGAAGCUACUGGCUGGGUCCCUGGUGAUAGAAAACGGGCUAGAAAAUUUAUAGACUCUGAUUUUUCAGAAAGUAAACGAAGCAAAAAAGGAGAUAAAAAUGGGAAAGGCUUGAGACACUUUUCAAUGAAAGUGUGUGAGAAAGUUCAACGAAAAGGUACAACAUCGUACAAUGAAGUCGCUGAUGAGCUGGUGUCAGAGUUCACCAAUUCAAAUAACCAUUUGGCUGCUGAUUCGCAGGCUUAUGAUCAGAAGAACAUUAGGCGAAGAGUUUAUGAUGCUUUAAAUGUGCUAAUGGCAAUGAACAUAAUUUCAAAGGAAAAAAAAGAAAUCAAGUGGAUUGGCCUGCCUACCAAUUCUGCUCAGGAAUGUCAGAAUCUGGAGAUAGAGAAGCAGAGGCGGAUAGAACGGAUAAAGCAGAAGCGGGCCCAGCUGCAAGAACUUCUCCUACAGCAAAUCGCUUUCAAAAACCUGGUACAGAGAAAUCGACAAAAUGAGCAGCAAAACCAGGGCCCGCCGGCUCUGAACUCUACCAUUCAGCUGCCAUUCAUAAUCAUCAAUACAAGCAGAAAAACAGUCAUAGAUUGCAGCAUCUCCAGUGACAAGUUUGAGUAUCUUUUCAAUUUUGACAACACCUUUGAGAUCCAUGAUGACAUAGAAGUACUAAAGCGGAUGGGAAUGUCGUUUGGCCUGGAGUCAGGCAAAUGCUCUCUGGAGGAUCUGAAACUUGCGAAAUCCCUGGUGCCAAAGGCUUUAGAAGGUUAUAUCACAGAUAUCUCCACAGGACCUUCUUGGUUAAAUCAGGGACUACUUCUGAACUCUACCCAAUCAGUUUCAAAUUUAGACCUGACCACUGGUGCCACCUUACCCCAGUCAAGUGUAAACCAAGGGUUAUGCUUGGAUGCAGAAGUGGCCUUAGCAACUGGGCAGUUCCUGGCCCCAAACAGUCACCAGUCCAGCAGUGCGGCCUCUCACUGCUCCGAGUCCCGAGGCGAGACCCCCUGUUCGUUCAAUGAUGAAGAUGAGGAAGAUGAUGAGGAGGAUUCCUCCUCCCCAGAAUAAAGACAAGAGAAAGCCUACGUUUCAAUAUGUGAUGCUCAUGUGUGUUUGUAGUGUGAGCUCUUGUUUUUGAAAUGAUUGCUUCAGUCUUUGCCUUUGUUUGCACUGUGUGUUCAGUGAAAACUAGAGAAACACAAUAAGCAAAUCACAUGAAGGCUGAGAUGAUUGAGAUGAAAGUUAACAUAGUGUGAAUGAAAGUCUGGCCAACAGAGCAGUAGAUGAUAUAACAAAGAAAGCAUGCUUUCUGAGGAGAUAGUGGGGAUAAUCCCUGAAGAGUUGGCAGUGUGAGUGCAACUCAUUUAUCUUCUGUGAGGUGGGAUUUUUGUGUUCCUCACACCCAUGUAAUUAUUCUUAGAAUUGAGAUUGCUACACGGAGCAGUCCUUGACGAUCGUGUUUCUGACGUUUCUCUUCCUUGCCUGGACUGCCUUUGACAAGGCAGAAAUGAACAUGAAAAGUCCCCAGGAGAGGGGAGCUGUGUAGUGAGGGAUACUGAGGGCAGUCCUGUGGCUGAGGGGCACAGAUUGAACUGCUGAACUAGUUGGAGGUCUAGAUGAGGUGCUUUACGCAUCAGCUGCCUUAGACAGCUUCUAGAAGGGAGCGAGCGCUACUUCUUAAGUACUUAAGUGACAUUUAGAUAAUUUAUAGUAAAACUGAAAUUAUUAUUAGCCAAUGCAUUGGUGCAUAGAAUUUACUAGGGCUACUUCUGGAAGCCAAAAUAGAAUAGCAUUUCCAUGUGCAUUAAAUACUUUGCCAGCACUGCCUUUGCCAGCAUCCUAAAUCUGGAGUUUUACAAAGAAGGAAACUGUAUCUUUAGGUUAAUCAAAGCUAUGCGUUUCAUAUAGCUUUUUCAUUUAAAACAAGACAAAGAAACAAAUUCCUAUGACCAAAUUGCUUGCCUACAGUUCCCUGCAGUAAUUGUAUGAUCUCACCCAGUGUGCAAUUUGUGAAAAUGAACCAAAUGUCAUUACUUUUGUCUUAAAGAAAAGUCUAUUUCAAGAAUA